AUGCCCCAGCUGAAACCGAAAACCAACGCCGAGGAGAGAAAGCGAGGCGAGAUCGCCCUCAGCGAGUUCGCCGAGUACGCUGAACAGCAGCAAGCGCAUCGUUCGGCCGUGCCGGUCCCGCCUAGCGACAGCGGAUAUGAGACCGGUAGCGUGUCGCGCGAUGUCGAGGACCAUGCUGAGCUCGAGAUCCUCGACCAGCUUGGUCUCUCCGAUGAACCCCGCACUGUCAAGCUGAAGGAGCUCCUCCUCGGAACGGGGGACUCGACAACUGAGGAUAGUCUGCAGGUACUUGCCGCAACGAUACAAACCCGAAUAGACGAAGGCCAUGGAGAGACAAUAUUCGACCUCGGACUUGAAGAUGGCGGCGAUUCGAUGGGCUUUGACCUUGCGCAAUGGGAGACGGCGCUUCAGCGUUUGCGUGAAGCCGCUGAGACGAUCCCCGCCCACUGCCGAAUAUUGCUCACAUACAAUGUUGGUGGUGCUCAGGAAUGUGCAGUGAAAAAUGACCGCUUCAAGGGUGCAUGGGGCAAAGUCUUGAUUCGCCAGGUCGCAACCAAUAUCGAGGAGGUAGGCGAACUCCGCAUUGCGGUCGUAGGCAACGUCGACGCAGGGAAGAGUACCAUGCUUGGUGUGCUGGUAAAAGGCACGCUGGACGAUGGUCGUGGCCGUGCACGAGUGAACCUCUUCCGUCACAAGCACGAGAUUGAGAGUGGGCGAACCAGCUCCGUUGGCAUGGAGAUCAUGGGCUUUGAUAGCCACGGCGAAGUCGUGGGCCAUACCCAAGGCCGGAAACUGUCUUGGGAAGAGAUUGGAAAGCGCUCUGCAAAGGUCAUCUCCUUCUCUGACUUGGCUGGCCACGAGCGAUACCUGCGCACUACAGUCUUUGGCAUGCUGAGCAGCAGCCCCAACUACUGUUUGCUUAUGGUCGCCGCCAACAAUGGCUUGAUUGGCAUGAGCCGGGAGCACUUGGGAAUUGCUCUAGCUUUGAACGUCCCUGUCAUGGUUAUUGUUACUAAAAUCGACAUUUGCCCGCCGCAAAUUCUCCAGGAGACCCUGUCUCAACUGUCGAAGAUUCUGAAGUCGCCAGGUGCGCGCAAGAUUCCCAUCUUCGUCAAAGAUAUGGAAGAAACUAUCAAUACAGCAACCCAAUUCGUCAGCCAGCGCAUUUGCCCCAUCUUCCAGGUCUCCAAUGUUACCGGCGAGAAUCUGGAGCUUGUUCGAACAUUCUUGAAUAUCCUCCCCCACCGAGGCCACUACGACCAGGAAGCUCCAUUCGAGUUCCUUAUCAACGACACUUUCUCAGUGCCCCACGUAGGUACAGUUGUGUCGGGUGUGGUUAAGUCCGGUGUGAUUCACGCAGGUGACUCGGUCGUUGUUGGACCCGACUCUCUCGGCCAAUUCACCACUACUACAAUCAAGUCUAUCGAGCGCAAGCGAAUACAAGUCAACGCCUGCUUUGCAGGUCAGUCUGGCUCGUUUGCUCUUAAACGUGUUCGCCGCAAGGAAGUUCGCAAGGGUAUGGUGGUACUCAAGAAGAUGGAGAAUCCUCCCAAAGUGUACCGCGAAUUCGUGGCCGAGGUUCUGAUUUUGUCUCACGCAACCACCAUCAAGCCCAAGUACCAGGCUAUGUUGCACGUUGGAGCGGUAAGCCAAACUUGUGCAGUGAUCGACAUCGACCGCCCCUUCAUCAGGACAGGCGACCGCGCCCUCGUGGCGUUCCGCUUCAUCCAAAGGCCCGAGUUCCUGGCCCCAGGCGAUCGUGUCCUGUUCCGGGAGGGUAAGACAAAAGGUCUGGGCAUUGUGAAGAGCAUUGGCUAUGACCCCAACCAUCCUUUGAAUCCCAACGCAGCGAAACCAGAGAGCGAGGGUGACUUGGAGAAGGGGAAAGAGGAAACAAAAGAGAAAGCUGAUAUAACGGCGUAA